AUGAUUGUUCCGCAGUUGCCCGUGUCCGACCUGCAGGGCAGGCUUCAGAUACUGCAGGAAGAGGUUUCAGCACUCAAGGAAUGCCUCUGCACCAGUGGUGCGUUGAGCCACGACCGAUUCUUGGCGCGCCUGCACCGCGAGCGGUUUGAUCGGGUUUGUCGUACCCACCCUUUGGAGCUUGAUGGUGCGGCAACGUUGACUCGUGCCUUUGCAUUGCACGAGCUGACGGUGAGUGUUGUCAGCUUGGCCGGCGUUGCUGCUGUGCGCGCACUUCGGUCUGCAUCUCAUGCUGUUGGGCGAGCUGCCUGCCGUGCAAAGCCCGCGGCCGACCUCGUGGCAGCCAGCAGUCAGGGACAAAUCUUCGUGUGUGGCGGCUAUGAUGGGACCAGGCUGUUGGAAGACAUCCAUCGGUUUGAUCCCAUCUCCCACACUUGGGGUUCAGUGCCGCCCAUGUCACUGGCACGCGAGGCAGCGGUUGCCGCGGUGAUCGGAGGUCAGAUCGUCGUUUGUGGAGGUUUCGACGGUCAGCGUCAGCUAGAUCAAGCAGAACGCUUCGAUCCACACCAAGGUUCUUGGGGGACCUUGCCGUCCAUGACAUGCAGGCGGGCAGGCGCAGCGAGCGCCGUUGUGAAAGGAAACCUCGUCGUCUGCGGUGGAUUCAAUGGUGAGCAUUGCCUGUCGUCAGUGGAGAAGCUGAACUUAGCAGAUGGCUGUUGGGAAGCUCUUCCUCCAAUGGCCGUUCGCCGUGAGGGCGCUGCGGGUGCCGUCCUCCGGGAGCAGGUCUACGUCUGCGGAGGAAACGAUGGUGCCAACACGUUGUGUGAGGUGGAGCGCUUGGACAUAGAGGCACUUGCGUGGGAGGUGCUGCCGCCAAUGUUGACCAGGCGGGACGGUGCAGCUGCCGCAGCGUUGCAUGGAAGGCUUUGGGUUUGCGGCGGCUUCGAUGGGCAACAGUCCCUGAGCCUCAGUUCGACUGAGCACUUCGAUCCCCAUCGACGGUCGUGGAGGAGCCUGCGCCCAAUGCUGGCACGGCGGGCUGGCGCGGCUGUGGCCGUCGUUGCGGGCCAACUCUACAUCUGUGGCGGCUACGAUGGUGCGCAGAACUUGGCAGACUGCGAGCGGCUGGACCCUGUCCAAGGUGGCCAGUCAGGAAACACGGAUGUGGGAGCUGCUUCCGCCCAUGCCCCGGCGAAGCGGCUACUCAGUGCCCUGGCGUUGGUGCAGCCUCAGAUGGGCAGGAAGAAGCAGGUUUGCUGCAUUUCAUCUGACAUCGACGUGGAUGCCAUGUCCAGCUGCUGGGUCUGGUUUGCGGGAGGUAGUAUUCAAGCAGAACGCAACGCAUGGUCCGACAUCCUGAGCUUGGAUUUGGCUCUGGCGAGUGCAUAUGCAAGGAUCUUGGUUUUGGUUUUCUUCUACCUUCUCCGAGACCAAGGCUUCAACGAGGCCUUGGGCCUCAAGUUGACGGUUUACGCCACGAUUUGGGUGAAGAGGUACGAACCUUUGAGCAGGUGGCCGGCUCUGUCCCAUGCCACAGCCUGGCAUCGCUUGGGCCGCUUCGCGAAGCCCCCAGGGACCCCGGUAGCCCGGUCCCUGGCGUGGCGCCUUGGGGAGGCUCUUGAUGACGUCGGGAUCGAGAACUUCGAUGCGCGUGGAUGUGCCAACGUUAUGCAUGCCUGGGCCAUGCUUCAGCUCCGAGAGAGGCAGCUGCCAGAGCUCUGUUCUCGCGCUGAUCUGCUCAUCGCGGAUUGCAAUGAGCAAGAGUUGGCAAACAUCAUCUACUCUCUCGGGAGGCUCCGUGUAAAGGUGCCGCUGCUGCCACGAGUGUGCACAGAGGCACUUGGAAGGGUGUCUAUGCUGUCUUCCCAGGACAUGUGGCUGAUCAUCUACGCCUUGUCGCUGCUGAAGCAUCGUGACAAGAUCUUGGUUUCCGCUAUUGCCGAGGAAAUGCGGCCGAGGCUCGCCGAGUUUCGCCCGCAGGGUCUGGCGACGACGGUGUAUGCUCUCGGCAUCCUAAAGGUGGCGCCCAGCGCGCUGCUCCGUGCAGUAGGUCGGUAUGUGCCAGGUCGAUUCCAUGAGUUCUGCGAGCAAGAGGUGACAAACACCAUCUACGGCAUGGCCUUGUUGCGGUGGCGUCAGCCCAGCUUUCUGGCUGCUUGCUGCCAGCAUGUCCAAGAGCAGCUUCCGGACGCCACGCCCCGAGGUAUGUCCUGCGUUGUCUACAGCCUGGCGUUGCUGGAGUUCCACGAGGACGAGUUCUACAGCCGGGUCUGCGAGCAAUUUCAGCACAAGCUAGCGGCAUCUGUCGCGCAGGACAUUUCCAACGCUGUGUAUGGCCUAGCCCUACUUGGCACCGUACAGUCGGGCUUCCUGGCAGCCGUCGCAGCAGAGAUGCCACGGCGCCUUGAAGAGUUCACCGGCCAAGGUUUGUCCAACGUGCUAUAUGGCUACAGCGUGCUGGACCAAAGAUACCCGUCGCUUCUCCGAGCUCUCACGUCGCACCUUCCAUCGCGCUUCGACGAUCUGACGGAGCAGAACAUUUCCAACAUUGUCUGGGCAUUGGGCAACCAGAACUUCGUGGAUGGGGGGUUUCUGCGAUCCCUGGCCCGGGUCUUGCCACAGCGUGUGCAUGAGUUCACACCACAAGGAAUCUGCAUCACGGCGCAUGGCCUCGCCUUGAUGCAGCAUUCCUCAUGCUGGCCUUAUCAUGCGCGUGGAUCGAAGAAGCAAAAAGCUGGUCGCUGUCAAUCGGCUUGGAGUGUUCUGACUUGA